AUGGACGAGGACGGAAGACCGACAAAGCGUAUCAAGCGGGCAUGCGAGACAUGUCGUCGGAAAAAAUCCCGAUGCUCCGGGGAGCGCCCCGUGUGCUCCAAUUGCACCCGCUUAGGACACCACUGCGAGUAUGCCGCGGAAGAAGCCCCGGAAUACUAUGUCAGGGGCUUGGAACAACGUAUCGAUGGCAUAGAGGGCAAGCUAGAAGCGCUGUUGGCCUGCUUUGAUCGCCACCCCGCCGCAGCUGCGCCUUCUAAUAGGCCGAGUCUCGAUGCUACUGGAGACAAUCCCAUCCCUACUGGCCCCUUAAUGUAG